UAACAAAAGAUAUUUGUUUUAUUUUAUUGGCUCAUUACAUUUAUAUGAAGUAGUUUAAUGAAUUAAAACGUGUUGUAUAAAUGUUAUAAACCAGAUUUUAUUUAUUUCUACAAACAGACCCGGUCAUGUUUUGGUGACGGACUCGGACCUGACACUCGUGUGUUCGAUGCUGGCUCGAUGGCUUCCGCGGCUCAGGACGGGACUCUGGUCGGUGUGUGUGACGCUGAGCUGGACCCGGACCGACACCGAUCCACGUACCUCACCAACAAAGUGGGGGGGCAGCCGGACUGGUUGCCGGGGAUCUCCCCGCUGACUCCCCGCUGUGCUCGCUGCGGAGCCCCGCUGAGCCAUGUGGUGCAGGUGUACUGCCCCCUGGAGGCCUCCCCCUACCACAGGAGCCUCCACCUGUUCGCCUGCCCGGGGCCCGCGUGCAGCGGCGGGUCGCAGGGCUGGAGGGUGCUCCGCUCCCAGAGUCUGGAGACCCAGGUGCAGCAGCGGGCUCCCGGCCGGCCCGCCCCGGCUCAGGAGGCUCCUCUGUCGGCCACUGACUGGUGUGACACCGCUGAUGACUGGGGCCUGGAGGAGGAGGGUUGGGGAGGAGGUGUGGUGAAGAAGCAGGUUCAGGAUGUGAUGAAGGAGCAGGUCCAGGAGGAGCAGGUCCAGGAGGAGGCAGCAGCUCCUGAAGAAAGUCCGGCGCUCAGCAGCAGACUCCAGGACCUCAGUCUGGGAGAAUCACACAAUGACUUCGUCGUCUUCCGCUCGUUCUUCAUCAGCGUAGUGCAGGAGUCGGAUCUGUGGGGCGAGGAAGACGAGCUGGAGCACGCUCAGGAGCUGCUGAAGGAGUACGAGGGGAGAGAGGGCGUGACGCUGAGGAAGCUGGAGGGCGGCGAGGGCGGCGAGGAGAAGUACGAGAAGUCCCGAGCCAGACACGGAGACGCCUUCUUCUCCAGGUUCAUGAAGAGGAUCUCGCUGUGUCCUCAACAGAUCCUACGUUACUGCCGCGGCGGGAGAACGCUCUUCAUCUCCGAGCCACCGCCCAACGUGGCCCAGGUGGUGUCGGCGUGCGGCUCCUGCGGAGGAGCCAGGACGUUCGAGCUGCAGCUGAUGCCGGCUCUGGUCAGUCUGCUGCAGAGGAAGGACGGCGGCGGCGCUGAGGUGGACCUGGAGUUCGGGACGGUCCUGGUGUUCACGUGUGUAAACAGCUGCUGGACGGCGGGCUCGGGAUCAGCUGUGGAGGAGUUCUGCUUCGUUCAGACCGACCCGGACCAGCAGCUGUUUAAAUGAGCCAACAGCUGGAUUGGUCUGAUCCUCACUGCAGUGACGUCACUGUGGGGGCGUGGUCACAGACAUUACAGCCCGCCCAUAUCUGGGAUGUCUGACGUGAUGAGACGUGAAACAGACGUGAAACGUUCCGGCAGAGAUGGAAGCAGAAAAACCUGAUAUCUGGUUUAUAUUUAAAUAAAUUAACAGAUUUGGUUUCGUAUGGA